AUGCGGGUCGAUACCCAAUAUUUCGAAAGACUCACGGCCCCGCGCCAGAUGGAGCGCAGACCUCUCGUCUUCCGCACAGAUGUUGGUCAACCGGUUGGUGGUCCGAUUGUGGAAGGUGGCAGAGACGCAGGGAACCAAGCCUGGGACGACGAUGAUAGUGACGGAGGAGCCGAUCUCGAGUCCGAAGCAGAAGAUGACCUGGGUCUGGACAGCCACAAGCCCAAGCCCAAGCGUCGCCGCGUGUUCGAAUCGGGCAAAAUUACCAAUGCAGCAGACAUCAAGAAGAUGAAGAUCCAAGGAGGUCGCCCCGCUGUGGCUAAAAAGGUUACCGCGGACCUGGAUUCUGAUGACGAGUUGAUUGUGCGUAUGAAAGAGGCUCGAUUUCUCGAGAAGGAUAUCGCGCAAGCUCUCAUCGACCAGGGUCGCACCGCCUACAACCCAAAGACCAUCGGCACCCGUUGGAGGCGCAUCAAGGCCGCCUUGCAAAAGAGGCAGGACGAUCUGCUCGACGCAGAUUUAACGGACUGGCAUGAAGGAGAUGACGAUGUUCUUUUGCAAGCUGUUAUCAAGACCGAAAAAGAAGUCAAGAGGCUCAAAGAUGACAUCGAGUCGAAGAAAUGGCGCAUGGUGGCUGAUAAUAUGAAGAGAAUGAAGGCAUGUCCCACCAUUGACAUGCUGGAUGCAAGUCGUACUAACUCUGCGAACCUCCAGCCUGUGGUCAACUUCUCCCAGAAUGCUUGUCGAGACAGAUAUGAUGCUCUUCAACAUGGCUGCGCUAAACCCACGCCAGAAUCGGUCGAGAAUCCAACCCCUGAAAUCCUCGAGCGCAUCAAGUCGCGAAAGGACAAAGAGAGGAAAAUUCGAGAAGGCAACCAAAUUGCUGAGAUGGAGCAGAAGAAUGUGGAGGCGAAUGGCUGGACUUCGAGGAUGCGAACCUAUUUCUAG